GCGGCGGCGGCGGCGGAACGGGCGGAGGCUGCCGGUUUCGUAACCGUCGCUCCUCCUCGGUGACUCGCGGGCUGCGAGGCCUGGGUCCGUCGGGCCGCGCCGCGCGGGGCCUCUCGGAGUGGAGGCCGCCUGGGGGCGGGCGGGCUGGAGGCGCAGGUACAUGUGAAGAUUUCUUGGCAGCUUAGUGUGGAAACCAUUGAUCACUUUGCUCUCAUUUCUGCCUGUUCUGUGUCCGCAAGAGAGAGAGCCCAAAUGAGCAAGAUAGCCCAGCAGAACAGUUCUCCGGGAAUAAGUGUUAUUCAUACUCAGGCUCAUGCCAGCGGCUUACAGCAGGUUCCUCAGCUGGUGCCUGCUGGCCCGGGGGGAGGAGGCAAAGCCGUGCCUCCAAGCAAGCAAAGCAAAAAGAGUUCGCCCAUGGAUCGCAACAGCGAUGAGUAUCGUCAGCGCAGAGAGAGGAACAACAUGGCUGUGAAAAAGAGCCGGUUGAAAAGCAAGCAGAAAGCCCAGGAUACACUGCAGAGAGUGAAUCAGCUCAAAGAAGAGAAUGAACGGUUGGAAGCAAAAAUUAAAUUGCUGACUAAGGAAUUAAGCGUACUGAAAGAUUUGUUUCUUGAGCACGCACACAACCUUGCAGAUAACGUGCAACCCACUAGCACUGAAAAUACAACAGCUUCCGAUAAUGCAGGCCAGUAGACCUCACCUCUUCAAAACUUCACGACUCGUGGCUUGAACGUUAAAGGUGUGACUGCCUACACCAUUCAUAUCAAUGGCCGAACACGGUCUCGUUCCAUUAUUCAAAGAUCCACUGAAGGUUGUUUUCCAGGAUCAGCACUGAAGGGUUGAUUAGCUUAAAAAUGUUAGCCAUGUAAUUUGAAUAUCUAGUUUGAAAUGAUAGGGAUUUUUUUGUGUGGAUAAAACACAUUUUUAAGGUAUAUGGUAAAGAAAAAAAAAAAAACACACCCCUGGACCUUGAUGUUCUUAAUAAAUCCUCACUUCCCAAGAAAUGCUUCUUUUGUAGGUUGAUAAAAGGAAUGGGGGAACUGGCAGGUCCUGCAGAAGGGUCUUGGUUUUAUUGGAGAUGAUUAAUUAGACUAAGGAAAGUUGAAUGCCAUCUAUGUUGAUUGUAUUGUGAUUUGUUUUUCUAAAUUAUGUAUUAAAAAUCCUUAGGGCUAUAGAAAUCAA